AGCAGAAUUUACACUGCCAAGCGAACACUAUACUCUCUAUUCUAUUCAUUGUUAUCAACGUUUUCAAAUUUUCUUGGUUUCAACAACAGCCCCUCACUUGCCCCAUCCAUCCUCCAUUGCUCUCUCUCUCUCUCUGUGCAUCGACUGUGAGAGUGAGCUAUAGCAAUGGAGAUGGCCACAGCCUUACACAGCUCUCCCACUCCUUUCAUAUCCCUCACAAACCCCAACCCUAAGAGAGGCUUCAGUUUUUCGUCUUCUCUCCUCGUUAAUCAACCCUUUGGCCGUACCUUAUCUUCAACUUUAACCACCAAACCACCAUUCAAUUUCCAUUCCAGAAAUUCAAUUCGGACUUCACUCAAAUGCUCUGUCUCUGGAGCUACAGAAGCCGUCCCUGAGAGAAGAAGCCAAUUGAAGAGAAGAAGUGACAUAAGGAACAUAGCGAUUGUUGCUCAUGUAGAUCAUGGAAAAACGACAUUGGUGGAUGCAAUGUUGAAACAAGCAAAGGUAUUUCGUGAGAAUCAAGUUGUACAGGAAAGGAUAAUGGACUCGAAUGAUAUAGAGCGUGAAAGGGGAAUUACAAUACUUAGCAAAAAUACAUCAAUCACUUACAAAGAUACAAAAAUAAAUAUAAUUGAUACUCCAGGGCACUCUGACUUUGGUGGGGAAGUGGAGCGCGUCCUCAACAUGGUGGAGGGAGUUCUUCUAGUGGUAGAUUCUGUUGAAGGUCCAAUGCCACAAACAAGAUUCGUCUUGAAGAAGGCUCUAGAAUUUGGCCAUGCUGUUGUUGUUGUUGUUAACAAGAUUGAUAGACCUUCUGCUCGUCCAGAUUACGUCAUCAAUUCCACUUUUGAACUAUUUAUUGAACUGAAUGCAUCAGAUGAACAGUGUGAUUUCCAAGCAAUAUAUGCAAGUGGUAUUAAGGGAAAGGCUGGACUGUCUCCUGAUAAUUUGGCUGAUGAUCUUGGCCCCCUCUUUGAGUCCAUAAUUAGAUGCAUACCAGGCCCGAGUAUAGAAAAAGAUGGUGCACUCCAAAUGCUUGUGACAAAUAUUGAGUACGAGGAACAUAAAGGACGGAUAGCCAUUGGGCGCUUGCAUGCUGGUGUUUUGCGGAGAGGAUUGGAUGUGCAGGUAUGCACAACGGAGGAGAGAUGCAGAUAUGUAAGAGUUAGUGAACUUUUUGUGUAUGAGAAAUUUAGUAGGGUUGCUGCAGAGGCUGUGGAGGCUGGUGAUAUCUGUGCUGUUUGUGGUAUUGAUGAUAUUCAGGUAGAAAAAAACUUGUUUUUUUGGACUUGUCAUUAUAGUUCUUGUGUGUUCCAUUUUAUUUAUCAAACCUUUUUAUUUGGUAUUUUCAAUGUUUGCUCUCAGGGAAAGUAUGUUACUAGUAGAAACUUAAGAGAUCGUCUCUAUCGUGAGCUUGAGAGAAAUUUGGCCAUGAAAGUUGAAGAUGGUGAAACUGCAGAUACAUUCAUUAUUAGUGGAAGGGGUACUUUGCAUAUUACCAUAUUGAUAGAGAACAUGCGAAGGGAAGGUUAUGAAUUCAUGGUGGGCCCACCAAAAGUGAUCAAUAAAAGGGUGGAUGACAAGUUGCUGGAACCUUUUGAGAUUGCCACUGUGGAGGUGCCAGAACAACACAUGGGACCUGUUGUUGAACUUCUUGGUAAAAGGCGUGGGCAGAUGUUUGAUAUGCAAGGGCUAGGGUCGGAAGGAACAACUUUCCUUAAAUAUAAGAUACCCACUCGUGGGCUCCUUGGUUUGCGGAAUGCAAUUUUAACUGCUUCUCGGGGAACGGCAAUUCUAAAUACAAUAUUUGAUAGCUAUGGACCUUGGGCUGGUGACAUUACCACCCGUGAUCAGGGAUCACUGGUUGCAUUUGAAGAUGGAACCACAACAUCAUAUGCUCUAUCUAGUUCACAAGAUAGGGGGCAAAUGUUUGUUGGUCCUGGACUUGAUGUUUAUAAAGGCCAAAUAAUAGGCAUUCAUCAGCGGCCUGGUGACUUAUCCUUAAACGUGUGCAAGAAAAAGGCUGCAACAAAUGUUCGUUCCAACAAAGAGCAAACAGUGGUUCUUGAUUCCUCAUUGGAUUAUAGCCUGGACGACUGCAUAGAGUACAUUCAGGAAGAUGAACUUGUGGAGGUUACACCAUUAAGCAUCCGUAUGUGCAAAAAUCCAAAGUUUAGUGGAAAGAAGAUGAGAUAGAAUUCAGUUGUCGACUAUAGCAGGUUGGCUGCUCUCUCUCUCUCCGUGAGAGGGCCAUAUUAUGCAUUAUAUUAAUAGUAUACAAAAUGAUGUGAUAUUUGAUUUUGUUUAGUAUACAAAUGGUGCAGCAAGUUUUGCAGCCUGGUCUCAUUCAAUGUAUAUGGUAGUAUACAUCCAGCAAUGUUGUAUACCUCAUAAAUUGGCAAGAAUUUUAUAAUGAGAACAAAAAAAAAGUCAGUAAUUUUGUCUGUAUACUUCACAAAUGGGCUGCGAGUGACACUUAUUUUUGACAGAAGGCUCUGUUGCUCUGUGGCAAGUAAAAUCUUUCGGCAAGUUUGCCAAAAAAUACGUGCAUGUAUGUAUGUAUUUUGAAGGUUGAAAAAAGCUCCUGUUCAAUAA